AUGCGAGAUAAAGGGGUACCUGAGAAAUACAUAAGAGUGGUCAAAGACAUGUACGAAUGUUGCGUGACUGAAGUGAAGUGUGCAGUGGGAACUACACAAACCUUCCCAAUACAAGUCGGAUUACACCAAGGGUCAGCGUUGAGUCCAUUUCUAUUUGCCAUCAUUAUGGACUCACUCACGAAAGAUUGCAGAAGGAAAGCCCCCUGGAAUAUGAUGUUUGCCGAUGAUGUGGUAUUGUGUGCGAGAGAGAAGCGAGAGCUGGAAGAAGAUCUGGAGCAGUGGAGAUAUGCGCUGGAGAGAAGAGGAAUGAAGAUCUCAAGAUCAAAGACUGAGUAUAUGUGCCUGAAUGGGACAUCAACUGGGAGUGGAAAUGUUGCAGAGACAGUUACCAGAAACAAUGGCAUUUAA